AUGAAUGGGUCGACCGAAAGCCACGAAGGAGGAUAUAGACAAGCCCAAGCCGCCACUCUUUCGACUUUCGAAGCUUUGAGGCUUGCUCGAGAAACUGAGGAAGGUUCGGAAAAUCCACUUGUCAACGUUGUCUUAGAAAUCGCAAUUCGAGAGAUUUGGUCAAAGAUUCAAGCGGAACCCAACACAUGUGUGUUGACACAGGAAGAAUACGGUGUCUUCAAUUAUUUCCAAAAUCGAUUCCAAGGGCUAGAAGUUGCAGUUGCAGCACGGAGGAGAUAUUGGGAUUUCCGCAUCAGUGGCUCAACUUGA